UUUUUUCACAAACAAACAAACAAUUGAACAAUGGCGAAGCUCACCAAAAUCAAAUCCGUCCUCAAAAAAAUGCAAUCCUUCAAGCUCGGCCGCGCCGCCCCCUCCUCCAUCGCCGCCGCCGACACCUACCGCUCCUUCGACUCCUCCGCCGACGCCAGGGACCUCCACCCGGUCUACGUCGGAAAAUCGCGCCGCCGCUACCUCCUCCCCGCCGAGGUCCUCGACAAUCCGAUCUUCCGCCAGCUCGUCCAGCGGCGCCUCGGCGGCGAUGACGACGACUACUCCGACUCAAUCGUCAUCGGUUGCGAGGUAGUUCUGUUCGAGCACCUUCUCUGGAUGAUGGAAAAUGCCGAUCCUCAGCCGGAAUCGCUCAACGAACUCGUCGAAUUUUACGCCUGCUGAAGAGUAGUGAUUGUGUGCGGUCAAUUUCAUGGCCUUGUGUAUAGAUGCACAAAUCCCUAAUUUGAUUUUUUUUCCCCUUUCCGAUGAUAAUAAUGAGAUGAUGAUUUUGGCGGUUUUGAAUCGACUAAUCCGAUUUUACGCGCCUAAUCAUGUAUACUAAUUUUCUGUUUUGGAAUUGAUGUUGCUAAUUAUUCAUAUUUUCAA